AUGUCGUCUUCUAGUGCCACAGCAACAAAGCUGUCGCUCGGGAAGGCUGCGAAGCAUUGCAACCUGGGGCCGCAAGUUUGCGCGGAAUGUUACUGGAUGAAGCAUGGUGCACGUUUGCAAAGCGAGCACGUCAUGCCAGGUAGCAGAGUUUCCUGGCUGCAGGCAAUUUCUUCUCCGGAAGGUCUCAGGGUGGGGUGCGCAGCGUGCUGCGCCUACGUUCAGAGGAGCUCGGGCGAGGACAGCAUGCCAUCCAUCGCUGCAAGCCCCUUUGCAUGGUUUCCAGUGGCGACUGUCAGCACAACGUUGAAAAACAUUUCACGACAUGAAAAGACACCUGGUCACGCAGCAGCAGUGCAAGCCUUUCUGUCGCCAGCUGAUGCUCUCCAGAUGCAGCCAUCGCCGGAAGAAGUGGCUCCCACCGAGUGGGCGUCGGUGUGGGCUUUCUUCCGAAAAGAACGCUACAUGGAACAGGAGAGUACUGAGAUUGUGCAUCGUGCCAAGCAUAGGAAGAUGCAGUACUGCUUGGCAGAGGCUUUGCGAUGUCGUCAGCAGAAGCAUUUGCGCAAGGCUUGCUGCGCAACUCUGUCUUUGGAUGAGGCCGACACGAGGCUGCUCGUCAGGUACACAGCAACAGAUGAGAGUCUGCAGGACCAGAGCGGUGUGCUGGGGAUGGAUCGCUCUAAGGAAACCGGCCACAAGAAGGUCUUGGCAAGCUUAGACCGAGUCCUGCGCGCCGCUGCUACAACUCUCGGAGGUGCUCCUCCUGUUGCAGGUGGUGCUGUGAAGCAAGAGCCGUCAUUUGAUGAAGACUUGUACAAUCACUUGCGGAAGAUUGUCUUGAUGUGGAACUCGGACGCCGGGCCAGACGAGAUGUUGGCUUCCAAGGAGGCGCAGCGUGUACCCGUCUCUCAGAACGACUUGCUGCCGCUCCUGCCCAACGUGGUGAUGGUCAAUCGGGACCGAGCCCAUGUCUUCCGCAAUUUCACGCAGUGGUUUAGUGCCAUCGAGCAUUCCAACAUGCUGCAAGGUUGGUACGAAGAGUUUCAGCUAGAGCAAGAUUACAGCAAUCAGAGCAUCAAGCUGCAGAAGAGUUUGUCAUAUGCGGCACACCGCUUCGACUCAGCCAGCAAACCCUUUGCAGUAUGCAUUAUGACAUUUCCAGCGGUUGUUUUGACAGCCGUGAAAGCGUACAACGAGAGGAAGCGGGAUGCUGCAGGACAAGCUGCCGUCAAAUUCCUGCGCUUCAUUUCCGGUGUUCCUGGCUGCGAGCGACUGGCCUUAGCGGGAAUGCUCUGUGACGCAGCUGACGAAGCUUUGCUCUUGACGAGGGCAAUGGAUCGAGAACGCACAGACAUCAGCCUCAUGGAUGCAGAGGUACAGACGUUCCUGCGCAACACCAAGGCACUUUUCGCAGACCAGCAGUGUGUGAACACCGGGUUCACACGCCACAUGCUAGAACUGGUCAAGGUGCAAUCCAUGUGGUUUGAUGAGCACUGCCCGCAGACGAUAGGCUGCAGCACUGGCUUGCGGGCUACACAGCUUGCGUCAUGCAUGAAGCACAUGGCUGCAUGGGUUAGCGUCGCGAGCAAGGUCGUGUGCACGGAGUUCCCAACCUUCGAUUUGAUGAGAUCCUUCCGCGUUCUGGCUUUGUCUGAUGUGGACAAGCAGCAGGCGGCAGGUGGUCUUCAGGAACACAGCCGCAAGCGAGCGGAUCAGCAUUCUGAGGACAUCAGGCGACUGUGUAACACGCUGGGUGUGGAUGUGGACGCGUGCACAAACGAGUUCGUCAAGCUCGUCGGUGUUGCUGAGGAGAUGAAGCGCAGCUUGCGUUGCACAAAUUUCGAGGCCUGGAAGGCAGCUGUGCAACGGACAAAGCGGGCUCGGGCAUCUUAUCCAGUGGCGGCUUUGACCCCGCUGCUUGUUGCUUUCGGCAGCUUCACGGUAUCGAGCUCCGGUGUCGAGCAAAACUUUUCCGCGGUCAAGGCACUCUCCCCGAAGCAACGUAAUUUGAGUGUUCAACACGAGCUGGACCAGCUGCAGAUCAAGAUGGCCCAAGUCAGUGAGUCCGAGGAAGCGCUUCUUUUCAAGGAAGCGGCUGCAGUCUGGGUGACAUUGUAUGGCAAGGCAAGAAAGUCAGGACGACGUCUGCGUGGCUACUUCAAGGAGAAGAAGCCUCAAGAGCCUGAGGCGAAGAAGUCACUGGCAACUGUGCUGCGCAAGCGACGUCAAGAGGUUCAAGAUCUGGUUGCAGCCGGAGCUCCUGUGACUUUGGAUCCAGCCGUCCUUUUCUCGCAGGCGCAGCAACUAGCAGGUGAUGUUUGGACCGACAAGCAGCGCAAAGAGUGCGACCGUCAAGACAAAGUCCUGCGAGUGCGGCAACUUGAAGCAGCAUCUCAGCACCACCUGCUGGACCAUGAGCUUGCCGCGGACAUUGAGCAGCAAGUCCAGCUGUACUUCGCUGCAGAGGACCAAAACCGUGCCGCCAGAGAGCGCCUGGAGGAUCGCAUGGCAUGCAGGUUGGCACGACCGGAGAUCGAUCUGUAUG